GUCGAUAAUCUCACGUAAGUAUGUUUCCGCCGAUAUAGAUCGGAGGUUACAUACCAGUGGCCAUCCACACCUGCUCCAACAAGGGUACCUUGUCAUUGUACUACAACAGUUUCGCACAGGCCCAUAAGGGGGUAUAAACAAGAUUCCCAUGGCCAUUUUCCUGUAAUUCUACACCUCCCCAUCUCCAAACAUCCACCAUUCCCAAACAUCCACCAUCCCCAAACAUCCACCAUGACCAACCCAGCCCUAUACGUCGACUCAAAUUUGACCUUCAGUGUCCUGCACACCCAACAACCACCAUCCCCGGAUACUGGAGAAAUUCUAAUCGAAACACACUUCUCCGGCGCCAAUCCCGCGGAUAUCAAGCACGCUACGAUCCUGGCUAUCUACCCAACUAUUCUGGGGUAUGAUUUCUGCGGAAAGGUUGUACAGACAGCGUCUGACAAUAGCCCCUUCCAACCUGGGGAUGUCGUCGCCGGAUUUACACCUACGGGUAUCGGUAGAAAAAGCGAAUAUGGUGCUCAUCAGCGGUAUCUUAUUUGUCCGGAGGAUUUGGCGUUUAAAGUACCGAGUAAUUUGCCAGAGCAUCAUGCUGCGAGUUUGAGUGUUGUGGUUAUGACGGCUGCGGAUACGUUGUAUAAUUUUUUCGGGUUUCCGCUUCCGUCUCGGGACGAGAAUGAGGGAAAGAGGGAAGGGAGAGUGACUAGUCCGCUUCUUAUCUGGGGCGCAUCGAGUGGCGUUGGACUGGCUGCUGUGCAAUUCGCGAGGGCGAGCGGCGUGGAUCCGAUUUACGUGACUGCGUCGAGUGAGCGACAUCCACUAUUACGGGAGCUUGGUGCUACGCAGUGCUUUGAUUACAAGUCUCCGACUGUCGUCGAGGAGAUCAAGAUGGCGCUACGCGAGUCUCAACUAGAAAUCAAACAUGCCUUCGACGCAAUCGGAAGCAACGGCUCCGCAAAACUCAUGGCAGACUGUACCUCCCCGUCGAACGACACAAUACUCAUCUCCUCCGUGUUCCAGGACGAUCCCCGGUUCAAAAUGCCAUUUGCAGCGCCUGGUCAGGAUGUGACUAUCAAGCUACCCGGCGCCCCUGGUACAAUUACCAUUCCUGCGCGUCCGAAGGAUAACCAGCGUGCGCGAGAAGCGUUUCUUUGGGCCGUUGAGAAUUAUGGUGUGGAGUUUGAGAUGCCCGUGGUGAAGGUCUUUGAGGGGAGCGCGGAGGGGGCGUUGAAGGAAUUGAAGUCGUUGGCGGGUUUUGGGAGUGGGUUUGGGAAGGUUGUUUUGAAGCAUCCUUUGCAGUAGGUACUGUAUUGCCUAUGUCUUUUUAUGUGCAAAGUGGAGAUUAUUGUACAUGGAAUGGACAUAUUACACCUAGAACUUGAGGAAUGGGUGCUCCAUCAAUUCCCUUGCGGUCUUUCUUUCGGUUGGAAUCAAGGCGAGCAUGCGCUUUAUGAAAUCUAAGAAUAUUACUUUUCGUCCUUGUCUAGAGAUGGAAGUGUAUCUUCGAGUUUGG